ACCGGCAAAACCAGUAACACCUGUAAAACCAGUAACACCAGUAAAAACAAUAGAACCAGUAACACCAGCAGAACCAGUAACACCAGUAAAACCAGUAACACCAGUAGAACCAGUAACACCAGCAGAAACAGUAACACCUGUAAAAGCAAUAGAACUAGCGACACCAGUAGCACCAAUAAAACCAGUACCACCAGUAGGACCAGUGGAACCAGUAACACCAGUAAAACUGGCAAAACCAGUAACACCAGUAAAAGCAAUAGAACCAGUGACACCAGUAGCACCAGUAAAACCAGUACCACCAGUAGAACCAGUAACACCAGUAAAGCAAAUAAAACCAAUAACACCAGAAAAACCAUUAACACCAGGAAAUCCAGUAACCCCAGUAACACUAGUAACACCAGUAACCCCAGUAACACUAGUAACACCAGUAACCCCAGUAACACUAGUAACACCAGUAACCCCAGUAACACUAGUAACACCAGUAACCCCAGUAACACUAGUAACACCAGUAGCACCAGUAACCCCAGUAACACUAGUAACACCAGUAACCCCAGUAACACUAGUAACACCAGUAACCCCAGUAACACUAGUAACACCAGUAACCCCAGUAACACUAGUAACACCAGUAACCCCAGUAACACUAGUAACACCAGUAGCACCAGUAACCCCAGUAACACUAGUAACACCAGUAACCCCAGUAACACUAGUAACACCAGUAGCACCAGUAACCCCAGUAACACUAGUAACACCAGUAACCCCAGUAACACUAGUAACACCAGUAGCACCAGUAACCCCAGUAACACUAGUAACACCAGUAGCACCAGUAACCCCAGUAACACUAGUAACACCAGUAGCACCAGUAACACUAGUAACACCAGUAGCACCAGUAACCCCAGUAACACUAGUAACACCAGUAACCCCAGUAACACUAGUAACACCAGUAACCCCAGUAACACUAGUAACACCAGUAAAACAAGUAAAACCAAUAACACCAGUAACACCAGUGUCAGCCUCCCCAGUCCACCCUUUACUGUGCCCCAGUGCAUGAUGGGUUUUAUAUUAUGGUAUGUUUUGUGAAUGUGAUGAGGACGAUUAAUGAGCAUUAAACUGGGAACCAGCAGGCUGUUCAAUAGAAGCAGUUUCCACGGUAACCCUUUACUUUCCUCCUGGUUCAUACUGGUAAAUAUUUAUUAAACAUUUAUCAUCGUACUUUUGAAAACGUGGGUUUUGUGUCAUUUUGUCAGAAGGAGAAUUAGU